CUCAUUUUCUCUUCUUCCUCUCUUUCUUUUCCUUUCUUCCUCUCUUUCUGCCUCCCGUCUCCUUCUUCUUUUUCUUCCUUUUUUUUUUCUACUUCCCUUCUGCCUCACUUUCUUUCCUUUGUGCCUCUCUUCUUUUCUCUCUUCCCUUUUCUUUCUCAUUUCCUUCUAUGUCAUUUUCUUUCCUCUUUUUUUUCUCUCCACUUCUUCAUCUUUUCUUUCCUGUUUUUUUUUUUUCAGUUUUCUCAAAUCUAUUUUUUUGGUUGUUGUUUUGGGUGAAAAAGUUCGUUUCUUUGUAAAGUGAUUUUUUUGGAGGGGAAGAAUGAGUCGAAUGACGGUCGCUUUUCGCACCGGAAUCCUGUUAGCCGCCUUGAUUUUGUCGGUGGCAGUGGUUUUGGGUGAGUUUCAGAUGACCUUUGAGCUUGAGAGAGCGAUUCCGCUCAGUCACCAACUCGACCUGAGCCAACUCAGAGCGCGUGACGCGGCUAGGCACGGUAGGCUGUUGCAAUCCUCCGGUGGAGUCGUGGAUUCGCCUAGGUUCCUCGCGAACCCGCGAGCUGGGUUCCUCGCGAACCCAGGCUCCUGGCUAGCCGCGAGGAACCCAGCUUGCGAGUUUGCGAGGAACCCAGGCUCUUGGGUAGCCUGCGACGAACCCAGCUCAAAAAGGGGCGCGAGGAACCCAGUUGUAACAAAAUCAGAACACAAGAAGGAAAAGAAUCAGUAAAGAAAGAUUAUGGGCGCGAGGAACCUAGGCGAACCCAAGCUCCUGGGUAGCCUGGGUUCGCCUGC